GCAGGGCCGCCCGCCCGCUCCGCGGCAUGGCCGGGCGCUGAGCGGCGCCUGCCGCCCCGGCUCGGCUCGGCUCUGUCCCGCCGAGGGGCUCGGCGCCCAGCCGCCCGCUCUCCUCGCCAAUGGUCCAGAGAGACAUGUCCAAAUCGCCUCCCAGCCCGGCGCAGGAGGUGCAGAUGGAGCUGCUGGACAACCCCCUGCCCGCGGCGGCGGCAGCGCAGUCUUAUGGUAAAGGGGCGAGAAGGAAAAACCGAUUUAAAGGAUCAGAUGGGAGUACAUCUUCUGACACUACCUCUAACAGUUUUGUACGCCAGGGUUCGGCGGACUCCUACACCAGCCGUCCAUCUGAUUCAGAUGUAUCUCUGGAAGAAGAUAGGGAAGCAGUGCGGAGAGAGGCAGAGCGACAGGCCCAGGCACAGCUUGAGAAAGCAAAGUCAAAACCUGUUGCAUUUGCAGUUCGGACAAAUGUUGGGUACAGUGCAGCUCAUGAUGACGAUGUUCCAGUCCCAGGCAUGGCCAUCUCAUUUGAGGCUAAAGAUUUUCUUCAUGUUAAAGAAAAAUUUAAUAAUGACUGGUGGAUAGGACGAUUGGUAAAAGAAGGCUGUGAAAUAGGAUUCAUACCAAGUCCAGUCAAACUAGAAAACAUGAGGCUGCAGCAUGAACAAAAGGCAAAACAAGGAAAAUUCUACUCCAGUAAAUCAGGAGGAAACUCUUCAUCCAGUUUGGGUGACAUCGUUCCUAGCUCCAGAAAAUCGACGCCUCCAUCAUCUGCUAUAGACAUAGAUGCCACUGGCUUAGAUGCAGAAGAAAAUGAUAUUCCAGCAAACCAUCGCUCCCCCAAACCCAGUGCAAACAGUGUAACAUCACCCCACUCCAAAGAGAAAAGAAUGCCCUUCUUUAAGAAGACAGAGCACAUCCCUCCCUAUGAUGUAGUGCCUUCUAUGCGACCAGUAGUUUUAGUGGGGCCUUCUCUGAAGGGAUAUGAGGUAACAGAUAUGAUGCAAAAAGCAUUAUUUGAUUUUUUAAAACAUAGAUUCGAAGGGCGUAUAUCAAUUACACGAGUCACAGCAGACAUCUCGCUUGCCAAACGCUCAGUGUUAAACAAUCCCAGUAAGCACGCGAUAAUAGAGCGAUCCAACACGAGAUCAAGCUUAGCUGAAGUUCAAAGUGAAAUCGAACGGAUUUUUGAAUUAGCAAGGACACUGCAGUUAGUAGUGCUUGAUGCUGAUACCAUUAACCACCCAGCUCAACUAAGCAAAACCUCUCUGGCUCCCAUUAUAGUAUAUGUGAAGAUUUCUUCUCCUAAAGUUUUACAGAGGUUGAUAAAAUCUCGAGGGAAAUCUCAGGCCAAACACCUUAAUGUUCAGAUGGUGGCAGCUGAUAAACUGGCACAGUGUCCUCCCGAAAUGUUCGAUGUAAUUCUUGAUGAGAACCAGCUUGAAGAUGCUUGUGAACACCUUGCUGACUAUCUGGAAGCCUACUGGAAGGCUACACAUCCACCUAGCAGCAAUCCUCCUAACCAGCUUCUCACUCGCACACUUGCAACAGCCACUCUUCCUAUUAGCCCAGGUCCAAAUAUUAAUUUACAGAGCUGAAACGCCCUGAAAAAAUUGUGAGCUGGAAGAAUUUCUGAGUAUGAAAUUCAGUUUUAUUGUGUGCAGACUUGCUAGAUAAACUUUUUUUUUGCUUUGUAAACUUUUUAAUUAUUUUGCUUAAGUUUUUUUAUGCCUUUUGGAUGUGGAUUUAUAGUUCACUUACUCAUUUUAUUAACCACGUUCUCUGGAGGAACUAUUACAAGAGUUUUAAUAACACUUUUCUGAAUGUUGUGCUCCUUACAAACUAACAUUUUUAUUUUAAGGACUAAAAAUGAGAGUGUAUUUGCAGUGUCACAGUUUGUUUGUAGGUCUGCUAAUACAGAAGUGUGAAUCAACAGGGGUGCCUUAUGGAACACAGAACUUUUACAUUGUUUUGGUUUCAUUUUCCUAUGAUACAUUUUCAGCUGACAUCUAAAACCUGAGCCAGUCACUGUCUUGGCACAGAAUGGUUUUAUUUCCUUAUCAUGGUGGCAUAACCCAUUCUCUCAACAGUGUUAAGAUCCUCUAUUUAGAGAAUUUAAAGUCUCUGCCUGUGCUGUUUUUGUGGACUGCUCUGCUGGGAAAGGCCAAACCACCAGCUGUUUAGCCUGGAGGAGCCACAUCUGCACUGCAAAGCAUUGGAGUCAUCCUCCCCCAAGUCCAAUGCAGUGCCCCUUUGCAAUGAAACAUACUUGUUUUUCAUGAUUUUUCAGUCCUGGGUGUACGUUGUAAAGAAAGAUUUGUGUUGCCAGCUGCCAGAGUCGUGUUUUUAUAGAAUGAUCCUGACUGUGUUGCACGGCACGAGGUGCUUGAAGGUGUGAGGCCUCCUGGGACUGUUUGAAAUUAAAUCAGCAAAGACCAUACACCUCCUGUCCACCUGAUGGAGAGCUUUGCAGCAAACUCGUGUGGAAAUUGUUGACUAAUUCCAAAAAGACUGGAGCAACCUCACACACACACGGUGCAGGCGAUCAGGGACCGCUGCACGGAAAUAGGGAGCAAGGCAAAUUCACUUGGUGGACACAGACUUCUCUCUCCUCUUUCAACACUCCUUAAACUUCUUUCUAAGAACCUCUACUUCUUUGAAAUUACAGCCUAAAAAAUGAAAUAGGCUUAUCUCAAACUUUCUCCAUUUUAGACAAAAGGCCUUAUGAGACUGGGCCAUAAAAUUCCAGCACAGCAGAAUCUAAUCCAAAUCAGAGCCCUAAUGUGGUUAUGAACCACAAAGCCAGACUCUAAUCCAGAUUCAAACAUUACCUGUUCAGUGUCCCUGUAACAUUUAUGGGCAAGUGAAUUUGCCCAUAAAAUCCAACAGCCCUACACUGUUUUGAAAUUGCAGGUACUGUCUAAAUUCAUUCCUUAUGUUCCUUCACAUGUACUCGUCAUAGCAGAAAGGAUGCAUCUGAGCUUGUAAAAGUAGCACUGUGUUCAAAGCAGGUUCACAUUUUGCAUUUGCUCUCAAACCACAGCAAUGAUGGCUUUUAGUAGUCCUGAUCAUAUAUAGGUACAUACAUAUGUGUCAUUUGACCAUAUGAGAAUGAAAGGGUUUCAUAUGUAUACCAAAUUUAUGUGCCUUAAAAACAGUCAUGGUGAUGAACUGAUAAAAAUUGUGUUUACACAUUGAAACAGGCACUGCUUUGGACUCUCACUUUUCACUUGAUUUCGUUUACAGUUCACCUCUGUUGAGUCAUUUCAUUUCACCUUGAACACAUCUAUUCAUGUUUACAAUUACUACAUUCCUUUCUGGCAAAUCAGAAUCAUCUUGAGAAUCAUAAGAACAAGAACAAACAAGAAAUUUGACUGCUGUUCCUGUUACCUUGCUCUCAUCUAUACCAUUUUUUUCAAAUUAGGAACACAUGGAAUAAGCCAUCUAGUUGCUGGAAAGUUUACAGAAUAAAAUGCUUUCUUAGAAAAUUAAAAUUGGUCAAAUUUAUCAAAUUGCUGAUUUGAAAUAUGUUGCUUUUUAUAAGUUUCUGAUGAAAUACAGAUUUUUUUCCUGUCCAAUUUCCUGUCAUUUUACUUUUUGGGUUGCUAGAAAACCCACCUUCCAGGAUGUGUGGCUGAAGGACAAAAUUUUCUAGCUCUUUUCCAGAAGACAGAAGGAAGAUAUGUUCAUGAACUUUUCUGGAGGCAAUCCUUAUUUUUAGACAACUCUGAACAUUGAAGGGCAAACUUAAGCCUAACUUUGGUAAAUUCAGAGCAGUCUCACAAACAAAUGCCUCUGUUAAAACCUAUUUUAAUUUUGUGCCAGCAGGGAUGAUUUUGUCUUGACAUUCUUCACCUUUUAUGAGAAGGAUAAUUCAAUUUCAACAUAAACUAUUUCUUAAAAUUGUUGCAAUUAAGCUUGAAAAGUCUUUGGCUGUGGCUUGGCAACAAAAGCUGGUUAAUGUAAUGAAACCCCCAGAUGAGUUAAAUAAUGUCACUUGUUCGUUUUGCAGUGAUUUCAAAGCAUUAUGCGGGUGAAGAGUAGGUUUAUUACCUGGUAAUUUUUAUUUAAGUCUUUUAAUAGCAGUUGUGUGUUAGGAAAUUCUGUAUGUGAUAAUAUCACUCUCCUCCUGCUUUUCUUGGCAAUGGUCUAUAUUCUCAAGCUCUAAAAAUUAUAAGGUCAAAGUUUAAUUUUUCAUUACCAUGAAGAAAUGAAAUGAUUGCUGAGAAAACAAAAGGUCAGUGAUACUAUUAGUAUCAUAAUACAAACUUUAUUCAUACCAGAUUCAAUUGCUUUUUUUUUCCUAAAAAAUAAGCUUUUCUAAAAGAGCCAAGGUUUUGUACUUUGGUUCUUCGGUGUAAUCAACCUCCUCAGCCCACUAAAAUCACUUUCCCAUAGUGGCUGUUUCCAAGCUGACGUCUGUAAACUCUCGACUGAUACCUGCCCUUUCCUGGCAUGAUAUGUCCUCUCUAAUUUUUCUGCAGUUUAUCUUGUUUCCAUAUGCUCUCUUUUUGUUUGGAGGGUGGUGGCACUUACUGCUAACUGGAAUAAUCAGAAACAUCACAAGAGACAUGAAAGUGUCAUAGAAUAACCCAAGUGCCACCCUCCAUUCUGAUGAGAGUGAAAGGAAUUGUUUGUAUUAUAAUACUGAAUUUUCAGUAAAAGUUGAAUUCUAAUGGUUUUUUUUCUAGUUUAGAUUCAAAGUGGAUUGUUGUGUACUCGAAUUUUAUUGGUUUCAUGGUACUUUCUAGUUGAAUUUGAUAUUGGAGAAAGUUUUUCAGUGUGUACCUCACGUACAUGAACUUACUGCUGGUUC